AUGUUGUUUGUUAAAUUUUUUUUAUUAGGAGCUGGGUUGUUAGGUUGUUACGGUUUGGGGAGCGAUUUGGAAUACGAUGGUAAAGUAAAUAUACAGUUGGAACACUCCUUGGAUAAUUUUGAACCGCCUUCGUAUUUUCAUAGGGGGGAUAUAUUAAUUAAAAGUCUUCAUUCCGGAGCGUAUUCAAUCGACGAAGGCAGUGUAAAUCAUGAGAAUUACGUAAAGUUAAAAAAUUUGGCGCGGGAUAAUGGUAAUUAUAAAAUGAAGGCUACAAUUAAAACAUCUGAUGGAAAAGCAAAUUAUUUUAAUACAUUUGUAAAAGCGUGUUCACUAUUAGAAAGUCAUCUUACAAAUGUAAUCUCUGUAAAUUUAGAUGAUAGUGGAAAUGUAAUUGCUGUAACAAUGGCAGUUCCUAAAAUUUGUACCGGUACUGAUGUCGAAUACAAUUCGAACAUUAAAUUUAAUACAACUGUCGAAGUUAAACACAUGGAACUCGGUCCUGUUCCAGACACAGCUAUUUAUAUACAGAAAUUGGAGAGAGACAGAGAAGCCAAAGAAAGAGGAGAAGUUAAAGAUAAUAGAUCAUUCUUAGCCAAAUAUUGGAUGUAUAUUGUUCCUGUUGUUAUAUUUAUGUUACUUCAAAGUGCUACCAAUUUAGAAUCUGGUGGUGGAAGUGGUGGCGGUGGUGGAGGUAGCGGUGGAGGAAACGGCGGAGGUGGAGGCGGUGCAGUAUCUCAAAGAUGA